UAAAUGCCGCGAGGAAUUGGAAAAUGCCCCCAAGAAUCCCAAGGUGCCAGCAGUUCAGAUUAAAGGGAGAGAGAGAAAGCAACGAACUUUGCAAGGGAGAGAGAAAGGGCCACGAGGAAUCUCGUCUUGGUAUGAUCCGCCUUAGAGACAAGAUUUCAUGAGCCUAUGCGUUUGCAGGCUCUUUGUAAAUUGUUGUGAUCCAAGAACAUUCUUUCUUUUCUCUUUCCCUUCAUCCUUCUCUUGUCUGCACUGUCACCUUAACUGUUGAUCUGGAGAGGAUUAUAAUUCGAGAUACCCAGAAAGGAAUUCGAAUCUGUCCGAGGACCUCUCGGUUGGGUAUGGAUUUUCUGAGAAGAUAAGACCAAUUUUGAUAGAAGAGGCGGCUGCCAUGCAUGGAAAUAGAAAUCUAGAUAUGGCGUCUUCUCCACCUGGCAGUAUGUCUUCCAAUUUGAGACCGAGGAGGCUUCACCAAGUCUGGAGGGGUAAUAAUAUAUUUUUCUGUGGCGGGAGACUGGUCUUUGGUCCUGAUGCAGGUUCCAUAUUUCUCACCAUUUUCUUAAUUGUUGGACCUGUUAUUGCAUUUUGUGUGAAGAUAUAUCUUAAAACCAGAAAUCUAGAGACCGCUGAUGUUCGUUUCUGGUAUUUGAUAUUGAUUACAGUCUCACUUGUCACUAUUUUGGACUUAACAUUCCUCUUAUUGACCUCUGGGAGGGAUCCUGGAAUUGUCCCGAGGAAUUCCAGGCCUCCUGAGUUGGAUGAAGAAUCUGAUAUACCUACUCCUUCCAUGGAGUGGAUUAAUGGCUCAACCCCUCGUCUGAAACUGCCUCGAACCAGAGAUGUAAUUGUUAAUGGUCAUAAAGUAAAAGUGAAGUUCUGUGAUACUUGUUUGCUUUAUCGCCCUCCACGGUCGUCUCAUUGUUCCAUCUGCAACAAUUGUGUCCAGAGAUUUGAUCAUCACUGUCCUUGGGUCGGCCAGUGUAUUGGAAUUCGAAACUAUCGGUUCUUCAUCAUGUUUAUUUCAACAUCAACCAUCUUGUGCAUAUUUGUCUUCGUGUUUUCUUGUAUCAGUCUGGCCCAGGGUGACAUUUCAUUUGGGAAGAGGAUAGCAAAUGAUUAUGUAUCAGAUAUCCUUGUAGUAUACUGCUUUGUAGCUGUCUGGUUUGUUGGUGGCCUCACAAUUUUCCAUUUCUAUCUCAUCUGUACAAACCAGACAACUUAUGAGAACUUCCGAUAUCGGUACGAUAAGAGGGGGAAUCCAUACCACAUGGGAACGCUGGGAAAUAUCAAAGAAACAUUUUGCUCCACUAUUCCAGCUUCAAGGAAUAAUUUUCGGUCUCUUGUGCUGGAUUAUGAUCAUGAUAAGGUUGAGUCCGUGAUCCCAAAUUUUGGAGGCAGGGGAUUUCUGACACCACAUGAGAGAAGUGACCUUGAAAUGGGAUCUAUGCGUGCAGAUGAUUGUAAUAUGCCAGUUCCUGAAAUUUUACGAAAUUUUGAUUAUGAUCAUUUCGAGAAGAUGAGGUUUCCAGAUGAAGGACAGUCUUCUUAUGAUCCAUUCUUCAGUGUUGAGCUAGACAUGAUGAAAGAUUCAGCUCGAACCUCUGCCGUGACAGUGCUAAAUUUCCAAAGCAUCGAAACUGAAGAUGAGGUGGAAGAGUAUACACAAAGCCCCCAAGCUGGAGAUGGAAUCAGAGAAUCAGCCCAAAGGCCCGUUGAUGUCAACAGAAUAAAUGCUACCAAGGAAAAUAAUGAUAAAGAAGAAUAGGUCAUGUUAAGCCACAAAGCCAGAUUUUGCUUUGUCAAACUUUGAGAGGUUUUUUUUUUUCCCUCACUCUUCAUUGCUAAAUUGUACAAGUUCUUGCAUUUGUGAAGUUAUUCUGCAGUGAUCCGUGGCAAGAAGGUGCAAGAGCUUAAAGUUUGACCAAUGGCAACUAGACUCAAUAUAUCAUACUCAAAUACCAAGAAGAAAUAAAAAUCAAAUUUUGUAGUUCUGUAAUUGUGGCCAAAAAGAAGCUGAUGCUGAAGAUGCAGAAUGAACAGUGAAAAACCUUGAUUUCAGUUUUAUUCUCGAGCUGUUACCCUAAGAAACAUUUGUAACAGGUUCGCUGCAGGUGGUGGAUUGCUUGUUUACCAUGAAGUAGUUGCAGCAAUCAGUGAUCCGUGUGAAGAUUAAGAUCCAUCAUGCAGGCCACAUGCAAGUUAUUUGAUGCCAUAUUUUGCUGAAAAUGGAGAGGCUGACGUUGCACUUCUCAUUAUUAUAAGCGUCAGAGAAGUGUUACUGUUGUAAGCUGUAAAACGCCACCUUGCUCAAAAUAGUGCAGAAAGAUUGUCGUUCACCUAAUAGGUGCUUUGCUAGGUUUGCUUUUUCUCUUCCUGGCCAGCCCCUUGUCAAGAUUUAGAUUUGAUGUUUACUUGUUUAUUAGGGAGAAACUUGGAACUCUUGUAAGUAUCACAUAUGAAAGGAAACCGCAUGGAUUCAGAGAUUUUACUCUGCAGGAUGUAACUUGAUCUUA